AUGCGGCUUAUUCAAGGACUUGGUCCUGCAGUGUUGUGGCAGCCAUACGUGGUGAAGUUAUAUCUGAAAUUGCUUCAGGAAGCUUCUAAUUUGGAUACUUUAGAGGCUUCUGCAGGAGCCAUUCAAAAUCUCGCCGCUUGCCAAUUCACCCCGAGUGCUGAAGUACGAGCGGCAGUGCGGGUUGAAAAAGGACUUCCUGUACUCGUCGAGCUGAUUCGCUUGAAAGAAGAUUAUGUCGUUUGUGCUGUGGCUACUGCAUUACGAAAUCUCUCACUGGAUCCGAGGAAUAGAGAGCUUAUAGGUAAGUACGCGUUGCGGGACCUGAUUGAUAAGCUUCCCGAAACUGGUGCUCGACGACCACCUAUCAGCGAUCAGACAAUAGGUGCUGUCCUCGGAAUCCUCUUCGAGGUGGUCAGAAGCAGCGCCGCGUUCACAAAGGAUGUCCAUGAAGCGAGAGGCACGGAAAAGUUGCGAGGAUUAGCACGAAGCUAUCCUACAUACUCACAUCGUGUGUGCAAAUACGCUAGCCAGGUGCUGUUCAUGAUGUGGCAGCAUAAAGAACUACAUGAUGGAUUCAAAAGAAGUGGUUUGAAGGAAGCUGACUUCUACUCAGGAACGGCCAGGGGCGAUUCAGCCACUUUAGCUCGACCGAUAUCAAGCCAAGGCCGAGAAAGGCCGGCACAAGCCUUACUGGACGACACAAUGAGCAGCGGUGGAUAUGGAGCCGUCGUCGAUGCGCAGCACCGACGUCCGCAACCUCCGCAAUAUCAGCAAAGUAGCCCAGCGCAGAACGGGCAGCCGCGAUACGAUCGUCCACCAGGUGAACCCCUCUACGCUUCAGUCCGGAAAGGUAGUCAACCUCGAGGCGUUGAUGACAGCUGGGUCUGA